AUGACUCUACGAGCAUUUGGCCCCAUCCACUUCAUCACUCCACGAUUUCGGUGCGGUAAGUCCCCGACUACUUCAUUGCCAGAAUCCGACGAGGAGCCUCCCAUCCGGACGACGACCACGUCUGAGGGCGGCUGGCGCUUAACGCAUUGUGCAGCAAUACCUGAUGCACUGCAGUGUGGACCGUGUUAUCCCAACCGGUGCCAAGCUAUAGGAGAGUGUCACAGAGGCAUCACCUGGGAUGUCUGCAACUGCUGUGAAGUCUGCGCCAAGGGAGUGAACGAAGAAUGCGGAGGACCCUGGAACGCCUACGGCAAGUGUGGGUACGGACUGACUUGUCUAAAGGAUGCCCGUGAGUGCCCCUAUCUGUUCCAUCCCAGGGGUUCCGCUGCCGACACUGGCUCCAACAUUUGUGAUGAGUACCUUUUUAACGCCAUCGGGAGGUGUGUACAGAGUGAGAAUGUAGUGGAAUCUGCCUUCAAGAGGAACAUUGUCAAGGAGGUGAUAGAUGUAGAAAAACAAAAAGAUAAUGCCGAGGCGGCGCCCAAAGAAGGCGACUCUAUGGUGGGCAAGAGGCUCAUGCUCAAGGGUGUGUUGAGGGGCGUGGAAUACUGAAGUGAGGUCAGGCUACCCCUGCCGCUCACUACCACCUGCUGUUACGCUCCCGGGUCUAUAUAAGGCCUUUAUCAUAUACUUUCUUUCUGAUUAGAGCAUAACAACUAUAGGCAGCGUUAGGGAUAAUUUAAUAGUCUUCAAUAAAACUUCUUUUAAUUAAGCAGUUAAUUAGAUCAUAAAAUGUAAGGCAAGUAAAAUUUAUACUAUUAUACAGUAUCUUUGUCAAGAACGCUUACUGCACAUUCUACAUUACCAAAUUGCUAGAUAAUGCCUUGAAAUGCAUGGUUAUAGAGAGACCUUAAAUCGGAGUUAUAUACAGAUACUCCUUCAGAGUAGAAUAUCUAGUCUUCAUACUAGAUUAGUCAGUGUAUUAUACAAUUUAAUAGAAUAUAUAAAUUGAAGAAAACCAACAGCAGUUAGUGUAUAAGAGCAGAACAGGAGUGUUGACUCGUUGGCUGGUAUUUCACACUCUUCCACUCUACAGCGAGGGUGAAGGUUAGGUAGGUCACGUGACUUCUACCAUCACAUUUACACAGGUGGAGGGGGGGGGGAGUGAGGGGUGUAUAAACAAUUGAACAGUUUAUUGGAAAUUUAACUCCACAUCUUUACCUUUCACAGGUACGCAGACCAAUAACAAAGUGACAAUACACUAGAAGUUAACCCAUUGUGGCCACAUAA